AUUGCCUGUCGAGUCGAGAGAUACGCUAUAACGUCUGCACGCGCCCGACGCUCGACUCUCCCCCCGCUCGGCCUGUCGCACCGCAGGGAUCACUUCACCAUGGCCCAAGACUUGCAGAAACUCAAGAACGACAUCUGGUACGCCAAGCAGGCUCUCGAAAAGCAGGAAGCAAGCCAUGCCGAGUGGGCAGCGCAGUAUGAUCAGGUCCAAAAGAUCCUCGAGGCGGAUCCCAACAACGAAGAUGUUGCCGCUAUGGUCGCAGAGAUCAAGGAGGCCAUGUCGCAAGAGGAAGCCAAGCUGGGGCCCCUCCGCGAGCAGCUAAAGGCACUGGAGGCUCAGCUCCCCAAGGGCAAUGCUGCCCCAGAGCGCAAGUACGAUCCCGAGCAGCACCCGCUGCUCAAAAAGACGCUCGAGAAGGCCGAGCCAGCAAAGGCUGCCGUGUACAAUACAGGCGACAUAAUUGAGGCGCGCUUCUUCGAUGGCCUCUGGUACAAAGCUAAGAUUAUGACCAUCCUCGGCUCUUCUUCUGCGCCCAAGUAUAAAAUUAACUAUGUCGAGUACAACGAGGACGCAACCGUCGACCGCGAUGCUAUUCGCCCCAUCCAAAACAAGCGCAAGCGGGAACUUGAGCCUACUACCACUUCAGCGCCGGCUGCCGCUCCUGCUCCGGUCACGUCCACGCCGCACGUCAUCUCCGGUCCCGCCAGUGUCAAUCCGAAGACGCAGCAGGCGAAGGCAGAUACGCCAGGCGACGAUGCCGAGCCCAAGAAGCGCAAGAUCCCGAAUAAGAAACAGCUCGAGCAGAAAGUGAAUAACUGGAAAAAUUGGAACAGCAAGGGCGUCGGGAAGAAGAUUUCGCAGAAGGACUCCAUGUUCCGCACCGGAACCAACGUGAACAGCCGGGUUGGCUUCACAGGAUCUGGCAGCGGCAUGACCGAGACUUCUAAGCGUGUCCGAUACGAUAAUAAGGCUGCAGCAGAUGCGGACCGAGAGCAGGAUUAGGCAUCCGGCCCAGACGCGAGGGGUUUCCGCUCAGAGAGGCCCUCGGGCGGAUGGCCCGCUCACUCAAAAAGAUCCGGUUACUGAGGCGGUCCGUAUCAGCCUAUGCUGCUAGACGUAUGCUGACCGUUUCCAGGGUCCUGCACACUUCGCCCGCACUCUGACGGAAUGCACACUGUCGGCUCAUUACGAUUUUGCAUGUCGGCGUUAUGGAAUUGCAUCGGUAUGGCUUUCACGCUCAACCUCCGCUCAGAGCUGUCACCACUAAGCUUGCGCCUCCGCUAU